AUGUCCCAAAAUAAUAAUAAGCAGGCUCUAAACGUUAAAGAUGCCCUGUCAUAUCUUGAUCAGGUGAAGGUGCAGUUCUCAGAGCAGCCGGAUGUAUACAAUAGGUUCCUUGAUAUAAUGAAGGACUUUAAAAGUCAGACUAUAGACACGCCCGGCGUCAUUGAGCGAGUAUCAACCCUUUUCAAGGGACAUCCUGCCUUAAUACAAGGAUUCAAUACAUUUUUACCUCCUGGGUAUCAUAUUGAGUGUUCAACAAAUCCUCAUGAUCCCGAUUCCAUCCGUGUUACAACACCCAGCGGAACUACAACUACAUCAAUCGGUCCCAUGGAUCCACACCAUGGACCGACACUUUCUACUGUAUCCAACAUUACAAGUUCAGGAUAUUAUUCAAAUGCUACUUACUCACAUCCUCCACCUCAUUCGUUGAUACCAACUUUACAACCACAUCCUCCGGGUUCUUCUAUGCCAACACAAACAGUUUCUUAUCGUAUGGGUUCUCCUCAGCAAUCUGUAGGACAAUCGGUGGCUCAACAAACUAUUGCACAGGCAGUGCAAUCAGUGGGGCUUGGUGUUGCUGAAAAUACUUCUCAGCAGCAAGGUAAAAAGGCACCUGUCGAAUUUAAUCAUGCUAUCAACUAUGUGAAUAAGAUUAAACCCGAUGAUGAAAAUUUUUUUACGUUUAAGAAUCGUUUUUCGACAGAGCCGGACACGUAUAAGCAAUUCUUAGAAAUAUUACAAACGUACCAGAAAGAACAAAAGCCAAUUCAGGAGGUUUACUCCCAAGUUCAAGUGCUUUUUAAAAACGCGCCAGAUCUUCUGGACGAAUUCAAGCAGUUUCUACCCGACACGUCUGGUAAUGUAGCGUCAGGUGGUUUAUUUGGACCUAUUCCUCAAAAUCAUGGUACGCCAAAACAAUCACAUUUAUUACCUGCCAUUUCAGCGAUUGCUAAUAGUGGCUCCGGCCACGGAGCCGCUAGAUUACCGACCGUUAAUUUCCCAUCACAAUCAUCUAUUAAUUUGUCAGUGAGCGAUACAUUCAAGAAGGGUUCUAGUAUUGGAUCGACAAACAAUGGUUUGGGGGCUGUGGUUGGUCCAAAUUCUACUGGCUCAUCAAACGUAAACAAGAAAAAAAGAUCUUCUGGGCUUCCCAACUCAGAUCGAAGCCCUAGUCUGAUAUCUAGCAAGUCCAAGAAAUCAAAGUUAUCUCACAAGCCCUCAAGUGAUCAGGUUCAUGCGGGUUCAUCAUCAAUACCAGUUAAACUCGAGUCACAGAAAGUAUUGGAGCCGCAGCCUCUGGCAUCCACCGAAGAGUUAGAAUUCUUUGAGAAAGCCAAGAGUCAGCAAAUUUUGGAUGGCCAAUCUUUGCUCAAGUAUAUGGCACCUUUUUUGGGAGGGACGAAUUCCGACUUAUAUGCUUGGUUAAAACAGUUCCUUAAAUUAAACGAGAGAGACGAGAUAGUUCAAAAUACCGCUAAUUCCAGGCCACGUGUUGAUUUGGAAGGAUGCAUUUCAUACGGACCAAGUUAUAGACAAUUACCUGAUUCGGAGGCCAACAUGCCUUGUUCUGGUAGAGAUGAAUUAUGUUAUGAAGUACUAAAUGACAAAUGGGUAUCUCAUCCUACGUGGGCUAGCGAAGAGGCCGGAUUUGUAUCACAUAAGAAGAAUCAAUUCGAAGAAGCUCUGCAUAAAUGUGAAGAGGAAAGAUAUGAAUAUGAUAUGUUUAUUGAGGCUAAUCUUCAUACAAUCCAUUUGCUGGAGCCAAUCGAAAAGAAAAUUAAUACAAAGUUGACGCCUGAAGAAAAGGCUAAAUUUAAACUCGAACCUG